AUGUGGUCUCCAGGCCUGUACUGCGAGAUGCUCCUCUUCCUCCUCUGCCCGGGCUUCCUCCUUGGCGCCAGCCUCCACGCCCUCCACUGCGCCCCGUGCACCGAGGAGAAGCUCGCACUGUGCCCACCGGUGCCUGCCGGCUGCCCCGAAAUGGCUCGCCAGCUGGGCUGCGGCUGCUGCCACACCUGCGCACUCCAGCAAGGAGAGGCCUGCGGGGUGUACACGGCACAGUGUGGCCAAGGACUCCGUUGCCUUGUGCGCCCUGGGGAACCCAAGCCCCUCCAGGCCCUCCUCCGCGGGCAGGGCACCUGCCUCCCAGCUGCUGACACAACGGAAGCGACAGACUCUGCAGAACCAGAGGACGUGCCCACCGAAGGCUCUGAAAUAACAGCUGACCAACUGUUCAACUACCAGGCGAUGUUUCCCGUUGGCCAGGACAAGUCCGUCCCGUGGAAUGCUAUCAGCGCCUACGAAAGCAUGAAAGCAAAGAGACUGUCUGAAUUUAAGAGGUGGAAGGAGCAGGGACCGUGUCAAAAAGAACUCUACAGGGCUCUGGACAAGUUAGCCAAAGCUCAACAGAGAACCGGAGGCGAGAUCUACAGAUUCUAUUUGCCCAACUGUAAUAAGAAUGGAUUUUACUUCAGCAAGCAGUGUGAAACCUCCCUUGAUGGAAACCCUGCUGGAUGCUGGUGUGUUUAUCCGAAAAAUGGGAGGAGGAUUCCUGGAUCCCCUGAAAUGACAGGCGACCCUGACUGUGAACAAUAUCUGAACUCACAAGAAUAA